AUGGGAUUGAACUCUCAUUUGUUAAAGGCAAUUAGUAGAAAAGGAUUUAAUGUACCUACACCAAUUCAGCGAAAAACGAUACCUUUAGUCCUCGAUAAUCAAGAUGUUGUUGGUAUGGCUAGAACUGGUUCUGGAAAAACUGCUGCUUUCGUCAUUCCAAUGAUUGAAAAAUUGAGAGCUCAUAGUGUACGUGUUGGUGCAAGAGCUUUGAUUAUGUCGCCGUCUCGAGAAUUGGCAUUACAAACAUUGAAAGUCGUUAAGGAAUUCGGGCGAGGAACUGACCUUAAAUGUGUUCUACUUGUUGGAGGUGAUAGUCUGGAAGAACAAUUCGGAUUUAUGGCCGCCAAUCCUGAUAUUGUUAUUGCUACACCUGGUCGAUUUUUACAUUUGAAGGUUGAAAUGUCUUUAGACUUAUCAUCGAUGAAAUACGUUGUCUUUGAUGAAGCCGAUCGUCUAUUCGAGAUGGGAUUUGCUGCUCAACUUGGCGAGAUUCUUCACGCAUUGCCAAUUUCGAGACAGACUUUGUUAUUCUCGGCAACUUUACCAAAGUCCUUGGUAGAGUUCGCUAGAGCUGGUCUUCAAGAGCCAAGUUUGGUUCGUCUUGACGCAGAAAGCAAAGUUUCUCCCGAUCUCCAGAGCGCAUUUUUCAGUGUCAAAGGUGCCGAAAAAGAAGGUGCUUUAUUGCAUAUCCUUCAAGAUUUGGUCAAAAUGCCUACUGGCUUACCAGAAAAUGCACUGAAUGCAACAGACAACUUUAGCAAAAAGCGCAAGAGAGGUCCUGAUGGCCCAACUAAGAAACUAAAGCCCACAGAGCAUUCGACUAUCAUAUUCGCAGCUACUAAACAUCAUGUCGAUUAUCUCGCUUCUCUACUACGUAUGUCUGGAUUUGCUGUUUCUCAUGCUUAUGGUUCGCUUGAUCAAACCGCUAGAAAUAUCCAAGUUGAAGAUUUCCGGACUGGGAAAUCAAAUAUAUUAGUAGUUACCGAUGUCGCUGCUAGAGGUAUUGAUAUUCCUGUAUUAGCAAAUGUCAUUAAUUACGACUUCCCACCGCAACCCAAAGUUUUUGUUCAUCGAGUUGGUCGUACCGCAAGAGCUGGUCAACGGGGCUGGAGUUACAGUUUGGUUAGAGAUACUGAUGCGCCAUAUCUUCUUGACCUACAACUAUUCCUUGGAAGGAGAUUACUUCUCGGACGCGAUUGUGGUGACUCGCCGAACUAUGCUGAAGAUGUAAUUGUUGGAGCUUUACAAAGGAAUGAGGUAGAAAGCAAAUCAGAAUGGAUUACGAAGCUUUUAUAUGACGACGAUGACCUUACUGCCCUUCGAAACGUAGCUGGCAAAGGAGAAAAACUGUAUGUCAAAACCCGUAACUCGGCAUCCAGCGAGAGUGCGAAGAGAGCCAAAGAAGUCGUAGCAUCAAAAGGAUGGAUGGAACUACAUCCACUUUUCAAGGACGUUACAAAUGGUGCGGAACAAGCUCGAUUAGAGAUGCUAGCAAAAAUUAGUGGUUUCCGGCCCAAUGAGACCGUCUUUGAGAUUGGACAAAAGGGGAAAGCUGCUCACAGUGAGGCUGCAGAAAUUAUGCGACACCGAAGGGAAAAGAUCAUUCCACGAAGACAGAAGGAGGAAGACGAAAAGGCCGCCGCAGCAGCAGCAGCAGCAGAAGAAGAUAACUUUGAUUCUCCAGCGGAGGAAAAUGAUGAUAAUGACGAUCUCGAGGUCACAGUCACUGGAGGAGAUGACGAUAUGGCCGAAGCAUCCGACGGUGAGCUUGAAGUUACCUUCUCGAAAGCAGCGCAAAAAGGCAAAGGCCGGACACUAUCCUGGAAAGACUCCGAAAACUUCAUGUCAUACACACCAAAAACUAUCAACACAGCAGAAGAACGUGGAUACGGUGUUCAUUCUGGUUCAUAUAACACAGCAUCUCAAAAUUCGAAUUUCGUUGAGGCAGCCAGAGGUGUAACCAUGGAUCUUACUAAUGAUGACGGGGCGAAAUCCUUUGCCGAGCCGUCCAAGGCAAAAGGCAUGAGAUGGGAUAAAAAGAAUAGCAAAUAUGUUGCUCGAGCCAAUGACGAGGACGGAUCUAAAGGAAUCAAAUACAUCCGUGGAGAGAGUGGUCAAAAGAUUGCAGCAAGUUUCCAAAGUGGUCGAUUUGACAGAUGGCGCAAAGCACACAAGGUCGAUCGCAUGCCACGAACUGGUGAAGCAGAACGUGAGGGCCCUGCAAGUGCUGGUGGGGUAGGACGAGGUUUCGGAACACGAUAUAAGCAUAAGCAAGAGAGGGCGCCAAAGGAAGCUGAUAAAUAUCGGGAUGAUUACCAUGUGAGGAAGAAGAGGGUUGCUGAAGCAAAGGAAAACAGAGUUGGUUCGUUCAAGGAUGGAAGUGGAAAAUCGGAAAUUAAAAGUACGGAAGAUAUCCGAAAGGAUAGGAAGUUACAGGAGAGGAGAAAGGCAAAGAAUGCCAGACCUUCAAAGAAAGGCAAAUAUUAG